GAUAUCCAGAAAUUGGAAAGGACAGCCACCGUCUUUGUGGCGGACACCAUCCGGAUCACCACACAGAAUAAGGAGCGUGACUCCUCCAUGUUUCUGAUUCUGUAUGUGGUCUUGAAGAUCAUGGAGCAGCUGGUAGAUGUGAUGCUGCGGAGGCUGCUGGAUAAUGAGGUCUGGAGCCAGAUGUGCAGGAGCCAAGCCAGAUCACCAAGAGGCAUGCAGUUCAGUGGCAUUAAGUAUGUUCACACUGAUACAUGACCAUCCUCACUGCCCAUUCCAGAACUCUUCUGACUUGAUUAAACUAAAAGUCUACCUACUACACACUACCACCCUGUUCAACCUUGCCUCACAACCGCCAUUCUGCUGUCUCUGUGGAAUCAGCUGGAUCCCUCACGCUACCAAGAAAGGAGAAGCUGCACACUGUGGUGGACUGCUCCUCUGGACGCCCUUCAGUCGGUUCCACACUGCAGGACGCAUGAUUUCCUCUGACAGCUCCACCUGCUUUGCCAGCAGAGAAGAUGGCUGCUACAAUGUUGUCCUUCCGCUCAGAGAGGUAGUGAGCAUGGAGAAGAUGGAGGACACCAGUCUGCUGCCCAGCCCCAUCCUCAUCAGCAUCAGGAGCAAGAUGGUCUUCCAGUUCAUCGAGCUCAAGGAUAGAGAGACCUUGGUGGAGACCCUGCUUGAGAGACUGAAGCAGGUCCACGCCAACCAUCCUGUGCACUAUGACACCUCAACCAAUGACAAGGACAUGGCUGGACACACAUCACCUGUUUUGUACUUGACAAGCAGGUGCAGUGACCACAAGUUUGGGGAUCUUGAAAUGGUGUCUUGUCACAGCAGCAAGGAGCGUGAAGACAAGAGCCCACCUCUGCACCCCGGACACCUGACUGUGGUCCUCCAGCCUUUGUGCAGCCAGAACCCUGACUCCCACCUGGUUGUUGAAGCUACUCCUUCCCUGGUGUGCCAUGGACACUAAAGGCUGGGCAAUGACCAUGGAGGGUGUGGCACCUGAGCACCAGCUCCUCCACCUGGGUGGAGAGGUGGCCGUGGAUCUUGGGCUGCAAGGGCUCUAUUGAGGACUCAGACAGCAGAGGGGGAGCCGGCCUUUCCCCUGUCCGUUAGUGGCUCUCGUGUCAUUCCUGCUGUGUGACUUGGGCAGUGGGUGAUGCCGGCCCUGUGGGUUUUCAGGUGUCAACCAAGUGUUCCUCCCACUGGCCGGUGGCAUCUGUGAGCAUCUCAGUGUCAAUUUCCCGCGUGUGUGUCCUGGGACAAAGGGCUGCCUGUCCUCUAAUUUUAAGAACUAAAAAUAUUUUUGCUACAUUCAUACUUUUUCUUUAUAUGGAAAAUUUGAGGUGAAUAGACUCCAAUUUCGUAAGUAGACUCUAUGUGGCAGUGAAGAGACUAGUUUUGACCUUGUCACUCCCUUGGGGACCAGGUGUGGCUGCAGACCUUAUUACCCCACACUCCUUCUAAGUUACUGCAGCUCCUGCAGCAUCAGUUGUUACUUUUAGUGAUCCAGACUGAACCUUUCUUUUCAGAUGUGAUGCAUGCACACACACACACACAUUGGAGGUAUGGGUAUAUAUAUAUAUGUGUGUGUGUAUUCAUUAUGUGUGUGUGUAUAUAUAUAUAGAUAUGUAUAUAUAAAUAUUCACAUUCAUAUAUAUACAUAUGUAUACAUAUAUAUAUAAUUAUUUCCUUAAUCUAUAAUUUCCUAAGUAUUGAGCAUAUAUGUAUCCUCCCAUUGCUGAAGAAUGCAGGUUAUUAAAAGCAUUUCACCAUAACCAACUCAAACUCUCUCUGAGCGUGUGUGCUUGUAUGUCUGUUGAGUGUGUGCGUGUGUGUGCCUUCAUGCAUGUGAGUAUCAUAAUAUCCAAUAUUUCUUUUCUCCCAUUGGAAAUUGAGUCAGAAAAUGCAAUCUGCCAUACUCCCAAUACCAAAAUGUCAUUUUGAUCAAAUGAAACAUUCUUUCAUCUAGGUUUGAAUGUUUCCGCUAGGAAUUACUGGUAAAAUGAAUAGAUUCAAAUCAUGAAAGUGGAUC